CAAAAGUGAGUGGGCAUCACCCGAAGGAGCAGCUCUGGCUGCCGAGGUGGGGAGUGCCACAGCCAUGGGGGUGACCUGGACCCUCCAGCCUCGGCGUUCUCCCCGGGGCAGCUGCAGGAAACGCCAGAACGCUGAAGCUGCUCAGUGAGGACAUUGCACCCACUGGACAUCUCUACACCUGUCCCUCUGUGCCUGCACCCCUGGGCUGUUUUGGGCUACUGUGAGGAUCCCUAGUCACUCCCCUUUGCCAUGAUCGUGUGCCAGAUUUUCUGGGAAAGUUCAUUGGACUCUUCUAUGGAGCAGUGACUGCCAGGGAAGAGGAUCCCGGUGCUGCUGGCACAGCGGAGCAGGGAGGGCUCAAGGGGUGAAAGCUUCCCAGCUGGUCAGUAUGUUUAGGAGAGACUUGAGACCUGAUUCUUGGUUCUUCAGCUUUCUGGUUGGUCUGUCCAGGAGUCUCCUUGCCUCUGCAGCCCUUGCCAAGAACCAGACUUCUAAAGGUUUUGCUCCCGUCACAAUUGAGACCCCAAGACACACGUAUGAAUAUGUGGCCACUGCUCUGGACUGGUGGCAAGCUGAGAGGUUCUGUGAGCAGCGCUUUGCUCAGCUGCUCCUUGAACCCCAGCACAGAGAGCAAGGCUCCUUCAGCAAACUGCUGCAGUCCCACCACAUCAGAGGUUCUGUCUGGCUAAAGGAAAGGGACAGUGUCCUGCACAAAACAAAGAGGAGACGUGGCCACACCGUACCAGUCCUGAUAUUCAGAGACAAAACAGACACAAAAUAUGUGAAGGUGCUCUCUGACUUCCCAGCACUGCCAGCUGUCACAGCCUGUGCCCACCUCCAGUGGGACACCAGGACCCAGGAGAUCGCCACCAUCUUCUCCUAUGCCGUACCUGCUUUCAUUAACGAGUUCCAGCUCCGUGGCUGUGUGGAUGAGGAAGGCUUUGUUCGCUUUGCCCUCAUAGUCCACGGGCACCAUUCCCCUUACCUGCCUGUGUUCCGUGCUGAUGGGCAGUGGCAUCACUUCUGUGUGACCUGGCAGCAGGAAAAUGGCACCUGGGCCAUCUAUGCUGAUGGGAAAAGGAGGGCGUCUGCCAGGGGUUUGUGUUCUGUGGGGACAUCUGCCCCCCAGGCCAUCCUGGGCCAGGGGACCUUCAUAAUUGGGCAGGAUCAAGAUUCCCUGGGGGGCACCUUCAGGGCAAAGGAGUCCUUCAGUGGGAACAUCACUGACUUGCACAUCUGGCAGACAGUCCUCAGCACCGAGCAGAUUGAGAAAGUUCGCUCGUGCUGGGUGGUGGAGCAAGGCCUUCUUUUUGGGUGGAGCUCGAAUGCCCUGGAAGUGGAGAGCACCGUUCAGGCAGUGACCACACAGCUCCUUUGCCCAGGGCCUGUUGAGGAAUGCAGAGUUUUGGAAGUUGGCAGCAGUGGACUCAGUUAUGCAUCUUGUCUGCAGACUUUGCCUUUCAUCUGUCACUACAGCAAGGAUGCAUACUGGCAACUGAAGAGAGCUCAGCUGGAGUCCAGUCACUGGCUCGCCAGCGGCGUGAACACCCUUGCAGUGAGGACUGUGAUUCCUGACAGUGUCUUCACGAGUGGUGUGCAAGACAUGAACCUCUCUGAGGCUCUUGAUGUUCUUCAUAUCUUGGCAACUGUUCUGAGAGAAGGAGAAGUGCCUGUGCUUGAGCCAUCUGACCUCCUUGCAGUGCUUCAAUUACUAAAGCAAGUUUCACAUAUGGAAAUCCAAGAGGGAGAUGAGCUGGAGAUGUUGGAGCAGUUGGGCCAGUAUUACAUGGAAAUAACUGAGUUAAUUCUGGAGGAGCAGAAUGCUGGGACAUGGUCAUCCAUCAGCCAGGUUAUCAGGGGGCCCAUGGCUGUCGUUGAGCUCUGUGACAGAAUGGUGUCACUCUUGGUCCCACUGCUGACCCCAGAGAGGACAAAGAUCACAAUCCAACAAGGGAAUAUUGGGGUGGAGGUGAGGGAGCUGGAGCUGAGCGAGCAGGAGCUGAGCGGAGGGGCGUACGUGGUCCGGGCCCCCGAGAAGGGCAGGCACGACCUCAUCGAAGUUCCCGCAGAGGAAAUGCAAAGGCUGAAAUCCAAAGGUCUCCACAGAGUCACAGUGAAGAACAUGUGGUUUGGCUACGGCUCCCUGCAGCGGGGCCUGUCCAGCAGUGGCACCAGUGCUGUGGCUGCCUCUGAUGGGGGACAGAAGUACCUGAGCACCACCGUGGGCACCGCUGUGAUCUCCUCCACCGUGCUCAGUGACUUCCAGGAGAUCAGCACGGCCGUGCGCUACCGCCUGCAGCACCGCGCCCAGGACCUGCCCAAUUCUCUGCUGGGGCCCAUCUGUGCCUUCUGGAACUUCAGCCUCAGCCCAGAUGCUGGCGGGAUGUGGUCCACAGCUGGCUGCUCUGUGGUGAUGUCUCUCCCAGACUCCACUGCCUGUUUUUGCAACCACACCACAAAUUUUGCCAUCCUGCUGCAGGUGUUCGAGCAGGAGAGGACCACCACGGAGGAGUUCACACUGCAGACUCUGACUUUUGUUGGGUGUGGAGUUUCCUUCUGUGCCUUGAUAGUCACCUUCAUUCUGUUCUUGGUAGUUCGCGUCCCCAAGAGUGAACGAACAACCGUGCACAAGAACCUGAUCUUUGCACUGGCUGCAGGAGAAGCUCUGCUCAUGUUCAGUGAGUUGGCCAAGAGCAACCAGGUGCUGUGUUUCAUGGUCACUGCCUUCCUGCAUCUCUUCUUCAUGGCAGCCUUCUCAUGGAUGCUGGUGGAGGGGCUUCUCCUCUGGAGCAAAGUGGUAGCAGUCAACAUGAGUGAAGACAGGAGGAUGAAGUUCUACUACGUGACAGGCUGGGGGCUUCCAGUCCUUAUCGUGGGGGUGACCCUUGCAACUUCCUUUAACAAGUAUGUGGCAGCCAAGCACUGCUGGCUGAGCGUGCAGACCAACGUCAUCUGGGCCUUCGUGGGGCCUGUGCUCUCCAUCCUGGCUGUGAACACCUUCGUGCUGCUCCGGGUGGUGACGGUGACGGUGGCCAGCGCCCGCAGGAGGGCCAAGAUGCUGACCCCCAACAGCAGCCUGGAGAGCCAGAUUGGAACACAGAUCUGGGCCACAGCCAAACCCGUCCUGGUUCUGCUGCCCGUGCUGGGGCUCACCUGGGUGUGUGGGGUCCUCGUCCACCUCAGCAUCGUUUGGGCCUAUGUGUUCAUCGUGCUGAACUCCUUCCAGGGCCUGUACAUAUUCCUGGUCUAUGCAGUCUAUAACAGUGAGGUGAGGAAUGCCAUCCAGAGGAUGAAGGACAAGAAGAAAGCCCUCUCGUUCACAAACUGCUCUCAUCCCAUCAACUACUUAUCCAGCCCGAGAAACACGAGCUCCUGGGAGACAGGGAAGCUGAGUCCUGCAGCUGAGAGUGCCCUGCCGAGCCCUGUGCAGAAAGACCCUCCAGUGAAGAACAUCAUCAACAAAGGAAACUUUGGAGCCAAAAUUCCCAUGGGAAUUUCAUCAAUUAUGUCACCCGAGAGACCGGCCAUAGAGCUGACGGCGUUCAAGUGCUCAGGUUUCUGAGAAGUUUCUGGGUGACGAGCCUGCAGUGCCGAGGGUCCCCCAGCAGGAAGGAUGGCAGCUCGGAGGAGCUGCUUCCCUUGGAGAGCUUCCAGCGCGGGCAGAGCUGCCGGCCUGCGCUCCUCCCUGCACCAGGGCAGCCAAAGCAAGGCAGGGGCAGUGCGGGGUGCCAGGGGGCUGUGUCUGCUCUCACUGCCCUGCUGCUCUCCGGGGCGGGCACUCCACAGGCAGGUCCCUGUGCUCUGGGCUCCCCACGGCUGCCGCAGCCUCUGCCGGGGCAGCCGAGGCUGGAGCUGGGGCAGCGGGAUGGGAACGAGCCCAGCUCUGCCCGUGGCAGCCGUGCCCAGGCAGUGCCACACCCCUGCUGCGGAUGGCAGCACCCCUGAGCUGGGGAUGGGCUGUGUACAAAGCACAGGCACUAGGGAAGCCAGCAGCUGGCUUCAAGCCUUUUCUAAACCAGCUGACAUCAAUAGCAUCUUCUGCUGUUUAGGACAAAAAUCCUCUCCCUGCUCCCGCUUGGGUUCCUUCCCGGCUGGCCUGGCCCCUCGCCAGCUGGGCGCUGCUUCCCUUCCCUCUUCUCUUAUUACCUCUAGUGUUUAGAACAUAGAAAAUGUGGUGGGGUUUUGCUGAUUACCACAACAGUAAAUGCUGAUUUUAAAGACAACCUCCUCUCCUUCUUGCACUGUGUCCAAGGGAAGGGGCUCAUGUCCAGCUCCGCGUGGCUGAGCACAGCCAAGGGGGUUUGGCUGUGGUGCAAGGACCUGGGCACUGCCCACUAAUUGCUAAAACAUGUUGCUGUUCCUGCACUCACUUGCAAAGUGCUUUAAGAGUCAUUAUGGCAAUUCCCAGCAGCACUUUGAACCCAUCUGGAGUCCUCAGUACCCUGAGGCAAAGGCAGCAGCAGCCCCCUGCCACAGCCACCCUGUCCUGGUCCCACAAAGGCAGGGGACACUCCAGGAGUGCGCCACAAACACCCAGCCCUCCCCAUGCCAAGCACCAACCACCAGGGUUAGAAAGACAGCCAAAAAUGACAAAGUCUGGGUUUUAAAUGAACUGCAAAAUUUAUUACAGUGGUUUGCUCCUGACAAAGAAGUUGGUAACCUUCUGCCUGGGAAGGAAGGGGGAGGAGUGGGGAAGGGCAGGGAUGAGAGGGAGGAAAGGAUGUAAGAGACAGAGAGAGACACUUAAGGACACUUUUCAUUUUCUGAAAAUAAAACAUCUUUUACCUCCCAAAACGUUUUCUCCAGUUCUUUAAGUUCACAAAAAGAAGAAGGUGAAACCAAACCACAGACUUCAGGAGGAAAAUGCACAAACGUGUUAAAGCAGAGACAAACAUGCUCUUUCUUCUGUGUCUAACAAGCGUCACAAACCGCCCGGCUCUGGGCACAGCCGCUGUGGCUCCUCAAGGCACCGGCUCUGCAGUGGCCCCUGGGCACCGGGACAUGCCACACCCUGGGAAACAAACCUGAACAACCCCGGGCACGCUGCAGGACCCCCAGAGCUGGGGGUGUGUGGGCAGGGGCUGUGCCAGCCCCAGUGGUGGGGCAGAGGAGAGGAGAGCACGGCUGAGACCGAGAGAAAGCAGCACUGAGAGUCCAGCAUGGCCCAGUCUGGGGGGCUGUGACCCCCAGUGCUCCCAGUCCUGUCUGUGAGCCCCGAUCCCAUGAUGGGACAGGAACAGAGAGCUCUCUGCCUGUAGCUUAGGCACAGCAUUCAUUUGCUGUCCCCUGCGGAUAUGGCAGAGCACAGGAGAGGGCCAAGAGGCCCAGCAUGGACAGUCCUUAUUCUU